AUGCCUCACGCUCUCUAUCAGCCCCUCCUUGUGGCAAGUGCCACUAUCGCCUCAGUGUUGACAGGCUGUCAGCUAAGUCUCUCGUACGUCUCAGUGGCCGCUAUCCUGAGCGCCCCCGACGCCCCCGAGUACACAGCCUUGACUAUGUGGAAAACAACCUUCAACAGAGGCUUCUACCUUUGUCCUCUACAGGCCAUGUUGUGUAGUGCCAUAUUUGCUGUUAAUUCUAUCGUGACACUCGUCUAUGGCGAUGCUUCCAUGCCUGGUCACAAGGGGUUCCUCCCUCUCCUGAUCGGUGGCAUUAUUUCUAUUUCGUUGGUGCCAUACACACUGGUGACGAUCGUGCCCUUGGAAGAGACACUACUUGAAAGACAUGGGUCACUGUCUCGGGAACUCAACCAGGGAGCGAAGAAUGAUAAGGUUCACGGCGAUACAGCGGGUGUUGCGGCAGCGAUUCAGACUCGUGCGAUUAUGAGAAAGUGGAUUUCGCUGAACUAUGUUCGAACUUUGAUUCCCGCCUUAACUGUAGUCUGGGCCUGGACCAUGUGUUGA